GUCGGUGGCUUCCAGCCUUGUGCAGAAACAAAACCAAAAAGCAAGCCCUUCGUUUGUGUAGAAGCAAAAUCCAGAUGCAGAAGCUAAAACGAAAUAGAGCAGGCGAAGUCACUGUCGACAGACGAAGUCACUGUCGACAGAAGAAGUCACCGUCGACCAACUGCCUCCCCGAUCCCAACCGCCGGCGACUCUACAACUACCUCCCCGAUUUCAACCCUUCACCGCUCACCUCCUUCUUCCAUCGACAGAACAGAUCUGCCUCUCCUCCGUUAGUCAUCGUCUUCUCCUUCACCAGUCAUCGUCCUCUCCUCCACCAGCCAUCAUCCUCUCCUCCGUCAAUCAUCGUCCUCUCCGCUAGUCAUCGUCCUCUCCUUCACCAGUCAUUGUCCUUUCUGCUCACCUCUUUAAAAAAGCUGUUAACCUUUUUUAGUCAACCGAUUGAACCGAUCGGUGAACUGGUUCAACCGAUUGAACCAGACUCGGUGGCCAAAAUGGGCCAACCACCGGGCCAAAUCCAAAAACAAUGCUCUAAUCCUUCGUAUAUUUUCUUUUAAUGAAGGUUAAUACCUUUAUAAAAUUAUGAAUUCUAA